AUGCAGCUGGAGGAGGAGGGAAACCCGAGGGAGCCGUGCGCCUUACCGGGGGAUGCAUUUACUGUCUCAUUGCAGAGCGCCUGCCCGGGAGUGCAGCCGGCGUCCCCCCCGCGCGCCCGGCGACCACUCCGCUCCCGCCGCCGCCUCAGCCCCAGCCGCCGCCGCUGGCUCCGGGCGCGGAACGAGAGCCGAGGGCGAGCGCGAGCGCACGGCCCGCGAGCGCGGGGGAGGGAGGGCAGGAAGCGCGUCAUCACUCGGGGACGGCGCGGCCCCGCGAGGCUCCGCACGGCUCCGGUCCGGACGCGGCGCCCGGCGGGGCCGGUGCGGGGGCUCCGGGGUCUCUGCCCGCGGCCGGCGCUGGAGGGUCCGCGGGGGGAAGGCGACGCGCCGGCCGAGUUGUCGCGGGAAGAGGGGCGCGCAGGGUGA